AUGGAGACAAGAACGAUGCGUUCGCAACCACCCCACCAAAGGCGUUCAAACGAGCGACCUCUACCGCUGCUCUACGGCGCAUCUCCCGACGUGGACAGUGCAAGACCCCAUCCCCAUCUAACCCCCCGAACUCCUGUCCCAUUCGGGGCCUCGCAGGACUCCUCAACCGCCGCUGACCUGCCCUCUUGGGCACAGGCCGUGCAAGGCCCCGAACCACAGCGCUCUUGGCAAACAAUGACUACUCCGUACGGAGUACAGAAAGAGCCAGCUAUCAUGAAACGGGACUUCUUUGCUAAAGCGGUCGAACAACCCUCCGGGGCACCGGGGUCGAACGAAGCCCCCAACAGAGUUCACUUUCAUUGGCCCUCGACCACCCUGAACCUGACUACGGAACACAAGCCGUCGUUGCCUCGUUGGUGGGUGAUGACUACCCAGUUCGGCGUUGCCAGCCCGUGUCGAAUUCCGCGUUCCUCCCAUUGGCGCGCUCCGUCGCUCUUACUGUGUCGUAUGAAACUUCGUAAAUCUCAUAACCCCAACAUGCCAGCGCGCAGACGAACUUCGGAUAUUCUUCGCAAGAUUCGCACAAUCAACGUCUGUGUGCAUAAGUGUUUUGUCGUCCGAUGCGUCCGCCCUCUGCCCAGUGCCGCCUGGGCAGAAAAAGUAUACCUUACUGGCCUACGUGCUUACCAAGGCGCCAAGCCAAAAAGUCUUAGGACACAAUGCCGAUGGGGGGAAACAAACCCCAGGCUAUCGGCGUGUAGACAUGCUGUUGUAAAGUAA